AUGUUAAGCGUUCAUCAUUUGAAAAGACCAAGUGUAUCCAAGCAGGUGCUUCGAGCUUGGCAGCCACUUCAAACAACGAUUCGCCAGCAGGGCUCAUGCUGCUCGAAGAAACAGGAUGAAAAGCCUGCAGCAAUCACCAGUGUCAAAUUUUGGUCAGAUCCUCUUACAUGGCAACGAACAAGAGUCAACACAUUAAGAUGUCUCAUUGGAUGUACCACUGGCGAUUUUUCUGCCAUGUGGUAUCUGCAAUACAAUUACCCAGAAAUGUCUCCCAUUUACAGUACAGCAGCAGCCAUGGUUGCUGGGAUAUCAACUUCCUUGGCAUUAGAAACAGUAUUGCUCAAGCGAUCCAUGCAAGUUCCAUAUCCCGCUGCCUUCAAAACUGCCAUGGGCAUGAGUUUUGUAUCCAUGCUAGCUAUGGAACUGGCAGAGAAUGUCACUGAUUGGCAUUUGAUGGGAGGCCAAGUCUUAUUCCAUGAUCCUAAAUUCUGGCUUGCAGCAGCAAUAAGUACUACAGCAGGUUAUCUUGUACCGCUGCCCUACAAUUACUGGCGAUUGAAGGCGCUUGGAAAGUCAUGUCAUUAG